UGACAUAUUUCUCCUUCUCUAUUCUUCGACUCUUUCCUAACUCCGGCCACUGUUGCAUCAUCGGAAGUUCGCCGUUGCCGUUGUUAAUGGAAAUGGAAGGAAGAAUCCGUGCCAAGUUUGAAGAAUCUAUCAAAUCAGAACUAGACGACUCCCCUCCCAGCAUCGACAGUGUAUCUCUUGCUCGAGCUCUUAUCAUGAAUCCCUCCACAUCCGAAGCCACCGCCAAUUUAGUCUUCCAAACCCUAUCUCCCUUUCUCAAAUCAACUCACGACUCCCUCUAUCUUCGCCACACUCUCUGUUGCCUCUCCGAUAUCGCCGUAAACUUCUCUUCCCUCUCUCGUCGCGUCUUCGAACUGGUCCGUUCAUUCUCUCUCAAUUGCAGUGAGAAUUCUCCUCGGAUACUCGCUCAAGCUCUAUCGGUUCUCGUAUUGAUUUCUGAAUCCGUCGAAGAUUUACUAUGUGAGCUGAACGAACUUAAUGAGAGUUUGUUUCUCUCUAUCGGUUUCCAGCAUUGUGUGGCUGUUCGUCAUUGGUUGCUUUUGAAUGCGGAGAGGCUUCCUAUCCGUCCGCAUUUGUUGCUCACGACAUUUCUAGGUUUCUCGAAGGAUCCAUAUCCGUACGUGAGAAAAGCUGCUUUGGAUGGACAAGUUCACUUGUGCAAGUCUAUUGUUGUUGAAGAUCGUACAAUCAUUAAGGGAUGCUACUUCCGCUCUGCUGAGCUUCUUAAUGAUAUGGAGGAUUCUGUACGGUCUGCUGCCGUUCGUGCGGUUGCUCAGUGGGGGCAGUUAUUUGUUACAUGCAACCAUAACAACAAUACAAAGCACUUGUCAGAUGCAUUGUUUAUCCUGCUAUGUUCUAUGGUAAGAGACAUGGCCAUUGGAGUACGGAUUGAAGCUUUCGAUGCCCUUGGGCAAAUUAAUGAUGUGUCUGAAGAUAUUUUAUUACAAACAUUAUCCAAGAAGGUCCUGCCAAUAAACAAAGGAAAAAAAUAUCCUAAGCCGUGCUCGAUGAACCAGGAGUUAGAAGUGGCACUUGUUGCUGGAGCUUUUGUGCAUGGACUAGAGGAUGAAUUCAAUGAGGUUCGAACUUCGGCUUGUCGUACAAUGAACAAGCUCACCAGUGUUUCUGCUGUUUUUUCAAAAGAAUCCUUGAGUUUUUUGAUGGACAUGGUGAAUGAUGAUUCAAUGGUAGUCCGGUUGAAGGUCUUGGAAACGAUGCAUUAUAUGGCGACAUCUAACCAUUUAAAUAUGCAAGAGACCCAUAUUCACAUGUUCCUCUUUAUGCUGGUUGACACCAGUCCCUUGAUUAGAACGUCAGCAAGGAACGUUUUCCGAGCUAUAAGACUGCGGGAAAAGGCUCUAUUUAAAUUAUCUAUGGAUGCUCUUCUAGAAAAUCUGGAAUUAUAUCCACAGGAUGAAGCUGAUGUAUUUUCUGUAUUAUUUGACUUUGGUCGGCACCAUGGUAAUUUUGCUCUUAAAGUCAUUGAAGAUGUUUCAGAUGAGAUUGAGCCUUCUUGUGAAGGAAAGCUGAACUUUGAUAGUAGACGAGUUGCUGCAUUUCUAGUACUGGCCAUCUCAGUUCCACUAUCUCAUCAGCAGAAAAUUUGCAAUAUCCAACCUAGAUUAUUUUCAUAUGCGGUUACACUUUUGGGGAGGAUCUCUCAUGCUUUACGUGACACUAUGGACCAACAUACACUCUUGCGAUACUUAUCUCAUUGCAGUCAAUCUGCUAUUAUUUCAGCUGAGGAAUUCUGUUUUGAGAUCAAAGAGAAGAUGACAUUGUCUACUCACAUUGGUUCUCAGACUAAUAGUGACAAUGAAUUAACUAAUGCUGCAACAUGUAUGUCUAGGCUUCUUUUCGGAAAGAUGGAAAGAACCUGGCAGCUAGUAAAGUAUGGAUACACGCGCGAAGUACUAAAGAUGCUGGGGAACUGGGAGGAAGAAGUGGCUGGGGUAAAGUAUGAAACAUCUGUAUCCACUUUUAUUUUGCUAUAUCUUCGAAUGAUGAAAUUACUUGCAAAGGUAAUGGUGCAUUUUGUCUCCCCAUGUAAUCUGGGUCACAAAUUGGGAGAAUUGAGCAUCCUUUUAGGAAACCUUAACACAAGCCUACUAGAUAUAAGGCAUAAGUUCAUAGGUUAUACUAAAGAAGAGGAGUUACAUAUAUUGGAGUUGAUAUGUCUAAGUCAUACACUAUCUAUCUCAAGGAUUGAGACAUAUGACUGCAGUACUUUGAAGAAGCUGUAUGCUGUAGUUUCACAAAUGGAAUCACUACAGAAUACCAACUUCGUGAUUGAGCUGAGGAACUUACUCAGUGAAAUUGGUGAAUCUUCUUCCAUUCCCGUUCCUACCCCUCUUCAGAAAGUUAUUGAUAUUUUCUCCUUUAAGACAACAAGUUGCAGCAACUUCUUAUUAUCCGGGCAUCUGAAACACAUAAAAGCGGAAAUAAACACUUGCGAUAAUGAGUUUGAAAAUCCUUCGAUUUUUAUUGCUGGAUUACCGGUUGGUGUAACCUUAAGGAUCAGUUUGUUUAAUGUCCCAAGCAAAAGUAGGAUUUGGAUACAGAUGAAGUUGGGCAUGGAUUUUCCCCAGUUUGUUUUCUUGGAUCUGGAAUUAUUUGAAGGUUGUGAUGAAUUCAGGAAAUUCAUGUUUACUACACCUUUCUUUAAAACUCCGAAAGUAGAUAAGUUUGCUAUUAAGGUUUCCAUUGGUAUGGAAUGCUUGUCUGAGAUUCGUUCACUUAGAAGACACGGAGGUCCGAGGUGCGAUCUGGUGUGCUUGUGUGAGGAGGUGGAACUAUUCUUCUCACAGCCUGCCAAGGUGCUAUAGCAAUCAUGUCUUCAUUUGGCAACGUCAUUUCGAAUUUAUACACGUAUCAAUGGCGGAUUGGGAUUAUCUUCUUAGUG